GCGGGGCCUUGCCUUCUAGCGCGGGGUCCUCGGCGGCCUGGGUGUCUACUGCCCCAGCUGCUGUCGUAGGCGAGGACGGCUGCUAGUGCGGCUGCUGUUGGUUCGCGGCGGCGGCGGCGGCGGAGGAGGAGGAGGAAGAGGGCGAGGCGACAGGGGAAGAAGGAGGCAGGCGCGGCGGCGGCGGCUUCGCCCGGGGCGGGCGGCGGCGGCGGCGAGGGGGGGGGAAGAUGGCGGACGUGCUCAGCGUCCUGCGACAGUACAACAUCCAGAAGAAGGAGAUCGUGGUGAAGGGAGACGAAGUGAUCUUCGGCGAGUUCUCCUGGCCCAAGAAUGUGAAGACCAACUAUGUAGUUUGGGGGACUGGAAAAGAAGGCCAACCCAGAGAAUACUACACAUUGGAUUCUAUCUUGUUUCUACUUAAUAAUGUACACCUUUCUCAUCCUGUUUAUGUCCGACGGGCAGCUACUGAAAAUAUUCCUGUGGUUAGAAGACCUGACCGAAAAGAUCUACUUGGAUAUCUCAAUGGUGAAGCAUCAACAUCAGCAAGCAUAGACAGAAGUGCCCCUCUAGAAAUAGGUCUUCAGCGAUCUACCCAAGUGAAACGAGCUGCAGAUGAAGUUUUAGCAGAAGCAAAGAAACCACGCAUUGAGGAUGAAGAGUGUGUGCGCCUUGAUAAAGAGAGAUUGGCUGCUCGUUUGGAGGGUCACAAAGAAGGGAUUGUACAGACUGAACAGAUUAGGUCUUUGUCUGAAGCUAUGUCAGUGGAAAAAAUUGCUGCAAUCAAAGCCAAAAUUAUGGCUAAGAAAAGAUCUACUAUCAAGACUGACUUAGAUGAUGACAUAACUGCCCUCAAACAGAGAAGUUUUGUGGAUGCUGAGGUAGAUGUGACACGAGAUAUUGUCAGCAGAGAGAGAGUGUGGAGGACACGAACAACUAUCUUACAGAGCACAGGAAAGAAUUUUUCCAAAAAUAUUUUUGCAAUUCUUCAGUCUGUAAAAGCUAGAGAAGAAGGGCGUGCACCUGAACAGCGACCAGCCCCAAAUGCAGCACCUGUGGAUCCCACAUUGCGUACCAAACAGCCUAUCCCAGCUGCCUACAACAGAUAUGACCAGGAAAGAUUCAAAGGAAAAGAAGAAACGGAAGGCUUCAAAAUCGACACUAUGGGCACCUACCAUGGUAUGACGCUGAAAUCUGUAACGGAAGGUGCAUCGGCCCGUAAGACUCAGGCUCCUGCAGCACAGCCAGUACCAAGACCAGUUUCUCAAGCAAGACCUCCCCCAAAUCAGAAGAAAGGCUCUCGAACACCCAUUAUCAUAAUUCCUGCAGCUACCACCUCUUUAAUAACCAUGCUUAAUGCAAAGGACCUUCUGCAGGACCUGAAAUUUGUCCCAUCAGAUGAAAAGAAGAAACAAGGCUGCCAACGAGAAAAUGAAACUUUAAUACAGAGAAGAAAAGAUCAGAUGCAACCAGGAGGCACUGCAAUUAGUGUCACAGUUCCUUAUAGAGUAGUAGACCAGCCCCUCAAACUUAUGCCUCAAGACUGGGAUCGGGUUGUAGCAGUUUUUGUGCAAGGUCCUGCAUGGCAGUUCAAAGGUUGGCCAUGGCUUUUGCCUGAUGGAUCACCAGUUGACAUAUUUGCUAAAAUUAAAGCCUUCCAUCUCAAAUAUGAUGAAGUUCGUCUAGAUCCAAACGUUCAGAAAUGGGAUGUAACAGUAUUAGAACUCAGCUAUCACAAACGUCAUUUGGAUAGACCAGUUUUCUUACGGUUCUGGGAAACAUUGGAUAGGUACAUGGUAAAGCAUAAAUCCCACUUGAGAUUCUGAAUUUUACUUGGUUUCCCUUUUUUCUGGAGAUCUGGAUUAAGAAGCAUGGAUAUACCUUGACCUAAAGACUGAGACUCAAGCUUUAUGAAUUUAUCAAGAACUUACAAAUGAAGAAGGUCACAGAUCGAUCUUUUAUAAGACCUUAUUUGAUGCUUUAUGCUUCAAAGGGAUGAUGCUUGUCAUCCAUAUAAGCAAACUUUUUGGCUUACAACUAUUUUUUUAAUAUUAGCCUUCUAGUCUGUAAUGGAAAUUGUAUAUUUUGAUAGAAGUUUUUUCUCCAUUGGUUAAAUUAGCAUUACUUAAAAUUUGUUUCUUUAGAAAAUAAAUACAGGUUAUAAAUGUGUGUAUAUUUAGAGGUUAAAAGCCUCUCUAGGCCAUCUUCUGAUUUUUCAGUGCUCUAUAAUUCCUUUUAUUGAAAAUACUAUGUUAUGAAUGAUAUUAAAUUUUAGUCUCUGGAACUUCCAAAACUAGCAAAGGGAUGUGACUAUUUUGAAUGAAUCAGAAUGUCAACUGUAUGUAUACUGUACCUAUUCUUUAUUUAAAAAAGAAAAAUGAAAAAUCAACAAUUCUUCAGCUUUGGUUGAACUGUUCAGCCUUUUCAAGACUUCUUUACUUAAAAUGAAUGAAUACAUUUAAUGAAUGUACAUUCUUCUCACUGACUUUGGUGAUUUUAAAACUUAGAAUGAUAUUUCUAUCUGUGCUAUCUUUCCACUUGAAAAAUCUCAAAACACAGAUUAAAAACCUGUUAGGCUAUAGUACUUUUUAUUUUGGGAGCCAGAGUAUGUUUGGGGGAAGGAAAUAUAUUAGUCCUACUGCAAUGUAACUUUAACUUUCUUAUUUUUUCUCAUAAGUUCACCUUUGAUUCUUACUUUAUAUGUAUGGCGUAGGAUUUUGAGACUUCUAUUUCUAGGCAUGUUGAUCUUGGAGUUCUUAUCUUCCAUUAUCCCUAAAUAUUGAUAAAUUCCCCCAGACACCAAAGAACACAUUUGCUUAAUUAAGUGUCUGAAAAGAAACAAGAUAAAAACACUGGUAUUUUUAUGUGCGUGUUCAAUAUCGUAUAAAAUAUAAAACCUAUAUUUUAACUUAGUAAAAUAUUUUACUACUUCUCUACUUUAGAGUGUUGCAUCCAAGGUACAAAUGAAUGAGCAUUUUCCUUGAGUCUUGAUUUCACCUUUUAUUACUUAAAAGCAACUUGGAACCUCUACUCCCCUAAAGAGUUUUUGCCAUUAGGAUCGUUGCUGAUCUUUCAUCUUGUGUCAUUUUUUUCUCUAUUCCCCACCCCCCCAAGUGAUUUUUCUUAGGUCAGCUUUUUUUUUUUUUUUUUUUUUUGGUAAACAUUUAGCUCCUCCUUAUGUUAUGCUGACAUUACCUAGCCUCAUUUUGAAAUUUAAUGCUAUCAUAAAAAUGAGAAGCACUUACUAUUUAUUUUUAAUCACAAAAGUCCAUACCAGUAGUGAAUAGGAAAAGUAUUUAUUCGUAUGGAAUUCACUAGGUUCUUAAGAAAAGCAGUCAGCAUUUUAAAUUAUUAGAUUGUAGGAUAUUUAUAAGGUUUGAACAGAUUCUACCCCCUUCCAUUCUUUGCAUCCUCUCUUCUUGAAAACAAAAGAGAACUCAGAUUUGUUCACUUUAAAAUUUCUCAGCAUAUAAACUGUCUUCAAAAUAAAUUAUGUAUUGUAUAAACUUUCUCCAUGAUGAAAUCGUCGAGGACUAGAAUCUGUGAUAUUUUAAUGUAAGAUUACUUGUUAAGACUACUACAAGUGGACAAGAACUACCUUUCUAUAAAGAUUUUUAGUAUUUAUACUUAUGUCAUAUAAGAAAUUUACUUGAUACAGAGUGUGGUUAAAAUUGGGAACAUCUACUUUAAACAGGGUUUAUUUUUCUAUCUUGAAUUUGCCUUAUGUAUAUUCAAAGGCUUCUGGAAAUACUGUAAAGGAACAUUAGGAAAAGUACAAAUAUGCUGUGCUAUGUAUUUUAAAAUCAGACCCUUAGUAUGUACUUAUUUUCUUUUUCUUUUUUCAGUAGUUCGGUCCCUUAUUUAGGUCCAUGUAAUUAAUUUAAUAGCCAUUAAUUCCAAAAACAAAUUUUUUUCAGCCAAUCAUUAUCUCAUGACUCCCAAGUCCUACAGCAGCACCUAUCACUGUGCCUUGCACAUAGUAGGCGUUCAGUAAAUAAUUUAUAUGCAUGAAUGAAUUUUCAGUGUGACAGAUUUAUUACAAAAAGUACUCUUUGACUAGGUCUUAGAGUUUGAAAAUACAGAAUUACAGGGAAUGAAGAGGUAUACAUAGAUAUUUUAACGGAAAUGAGGUAUGCAUUAAUAAACUUGACUUACCCGGAAGUUACUGUUAACUGGAGACACCCUUGUCUUGUCCCACUGGUAAAAGAAAAUUCCAUUUCUUUCUUUAUAGGACCCUCUUCUGAGUCAGGUACAUUAAGAAGCUUGUUGGUUUCAGUCAGUAACUCUCAACCCUGACUGCACAUUACAAUCAUUUGGGGGACCUUUUAAAUAUACUAUUGCCUGAUUCCUGAUUCUGAUUUAAUUUGGGCUGAGACCUGAUCAUCAGUAUUUUAAAAAAGUUCUUUAGGUAAUCUCAUGUUCAGAAAGGAUUGAGAAUCACUGAUUCAAUUUGUUGUUGAAAACAGUGCCAGUAUUAAAUGUUUCCUCCUCAUCCCCUUUCCUCAUCUCUCCUCUCCUUUUUCUUUUUUCUUUUUUCUUUUCUUUCCUUUCCUGCUUUUUUUUUUUCUUUUGAUGACCACCUUUUACACUAGACCAUCCCCCUUAUUGAUGGUAUUGGUCUACAGUUCCACAUGACAAAUUCAAGUCUUAUUUAUUUAAUAUAGGAGUAUUUUGCUGUUUAAUAUUUAAACAAUGUUUAAUAUAUUUCAUUAUAAACUAGUAUUACAGUUUAUGAUUUGUUUCCCAUGUGUCCAUAUCUUUUACUAACUUUUUUUUAACAGCAGCAUGACAACAAUCCAUACAGAAAUAACUAGUUCAUAAUGAGGAAAAUUUCAUAAUUAGUUUUUAAGGUAGAAGAAAGUAAAGUAUUAAUUUCUUAUCUGCCAUGCAGAAUUAGAGUUUGCUUAUGAAAGGGAAGAGUCAUACUUUUUAAUUGGUCUGCACAGAAAAGUAAAAGUAAAUUAUUCAUUUAAAUAAAAUUCAUUAUCAAACAUUGAAGGAAAUAUUUUUCCUAAAUAAAAAUUUUUGUGACUCCUAACAAAGUUAAAGCGAUACAUUUUUUUUGGAGGGUGGGGAGGGCAUAUUUAGUUGACAUAUUUCUUACUAUAUAACAAUUCCAUUUUAUUGGUAUUAACAAUAGAAAUGAUGAUAGGAUAUACAUAUGUGGCCAGAAAUAAAGUGCCACUUUGUCAGAUAACGAUUAUCUGAGUCUUAGUUGUUGAACUAAUUAGUUUUUGAGACCAGCAGUAUAUUAUAAAAGCUAAUCAAAAUUAAAACAUGAAAAUAAAUUUAAUUACAUGCACCUUAAUAUUACUUGACUGAAUUUUUAUUCACUUGGAUUUGAUAGUCAAUUGGUUACCCUAACCAUAGUAAAUUAACUUUAUAAAAGGACAAAUGACUGAAUUUGACUUAAAUUAAGAACUGGAUUAGGAAUUUUGAAAUGCUGUGUCCUAUAUAUUCUGGCCUAUCCAUUGCCACAUUUGGCUGUAUUGUGGUGCCAGCAUGGUUUCUAUAUUAAUAUGUUGGAAUAACUAAGGAAAAAUUGAAAAUGUAUAAAUAGGUGUAUAAAGAAUUUAGUAAAUGCAUAAUAGGCAAUAAUACUUCCAGGUCAUUGAUCUGUUUGGGCUUAUAUGUAUUAUUUUAGGUAGUGUUUAUUAGAGUAUCUUGGGAGUUAUAAAUGUAUGCCAUUUAAAUGAGUAAAGCUAAUGAAAUUUUAUUGCCAAAAUUCAAAAAGUGGGGGCUGCUAUGUCAAUUUUAAGUAAAUGAUGUAUCUGAGAAUUUUGUUUGCUACUGAAUUCCCUUUCUAUCCAGUUUAAGUUUACUAAAAGUUACUUAACCUCCAAGUUUGAUUAUAGUGCUUUAUAUAUAAUGUAGUUCAUUUACAUGGUGUAGGCACUAUAAAUGAUUGUUUAGCCACCAAUUUGUAUUAUUUCUCAAGCAAAGUGGUUCUUGAAUGGAGCUUAAAUUUGGGCCAUGUGAUCUGAUAAAAUGUUCGGUGAUUCUUACUCCAUUUCAGUGGAUUUUUAAAUUUAAAGUUUAAUUGUAAAUAAAACAUUUUGUAGUACUUUACUUCAACAGUCUUGGGGACAUGCCUACCCCACUUCUACCCUGCUCUUCAUCCCUCCAGCCAAAAAAUCACACUCAACCAAGAAUACGGAAACUGUAUUAUGGGGUAGGAUAUGGAUGAUGACCGUCUUUCCAUAAAAGGAUUUAUGAGAUUUUUCAGGCAUAGUAUUUCUGUUUUGAAAAUAAAUGCAAUAUGAGUUUUCACUUUGAAAACUAAUGAGUUAAGUACAUUUAUAGUCUUCUGUUAAUGAGUUAGAUAACGUAGAGAAUCAUAGUUCUUCCUAAAAGUACCAAGCCACAUGCUCUAUUGAGCUUAGUUUGCUUAUGGUCCAAUUUACUAUCUCCUUUAUUGUUUUAAUAGAAUUAAUCAUCUUUACAGUUUGAGUACCCUGAUUUUAACAUUUUAUAGUUUGAAAACAAACUGUACUCUGCAUAUAAUCAAACCAUUAACAGCAUCAUCCUAUUGGUUGUGCCAGUGAUAAUGUGUGACUCUUUUGCAAUGAAAUUUCUUUAAUGAAGAAUUUAAUGGGCCCUAUUCAAACUUAAUUUCCAUUCAGUUCAUAAGUGCCCACUAAAUAUGUUUUAUCCUGCUCUUCUGUUCAUGUGAUCAUCUGCUCUUAGGCAGAUGAGCAUUCACAUAACUAAAAUAGAUAUAGCAAGAGUUGUAGAUGCUGUUGGAUUUUUUUCAAGGCUCAGAGGUGCUAGUAUAUAACAGCACAUUGCCAAAUAAGCUUUUUUUCCUCUCAUUUUCUAAAACACUUUCCAUUUUUAUUUAAUCGUGUAAUGAUCAGGUGUUUAACAUAAAAAGUAGCUCUAGAGAAGGAUGUAUUGUUGAGUCAUAAUUAUUUGUAGGUACUUUGUCACAGAAUUAUAGUUUAUAAUUCAUCAUCCAGAGAAUGUUGAUUUAUACUACACAACUAAUGUAAAUAGGGCUCAGGCUAUAUAAGAAAGAAGAAAUCAGAGAUUUGGUUAAUCACACUUGAAUAUUUUUUUGGACUGUACUUGAUUUACCAAAAAUUUCCAAAUGGAAACCCAUUGAGUUACACAACAUUCACUGUGAUAAAAUAUGGUAAUUUACACUCAAAGAAGAACUGCAUUCAUGGAGUUUACCAUGUUAAAAAUGUAAAUAUGGUAAUGGCAUCAAUUUCUCUUUUUAAAAUUGUUAAAUAAUAUAUGUUUUUCUUUAAAAUGGAAUAGUUUGAAAUUUUAUCAAGUUGGUGUGUGUAAUGGUUGGGGAAGAUCAAAUGAGCUUGCUCAUGGCUUAUUCGAUUAUUUUAGCCCUAUUGGGCAUCACUAAUGUUUAUGGCAUUUUGACUGUAAAACAGUUUUAAAGUAUUUGUAUUCUUAGUUAUGUGUUUUUAUUUCAUUAUACACCAUUGAGUACAAAAAGGAAGUGUAAGGGUUACUGAUGAUGAAAUAAACUGGGGGGCAUUAAUGUAGUUGAUGUAGGAAUUUGAAGAGAAAGAAGAAAUUAUAUGGGAACUCCAGCUCAGUGGGAAAAAAAGUAGUAGGAUUUGGGCAGUGAUGUAUCUUUUGGGGGUUUAUACAUAAAUUUAAGUGAAACUAGGCAAACCUGUGGUAUGAAAUUUCUCCAGCAGCAUUUAGUGGCUUGAUUGCAGGUGUAGAGAAAAAUAGAUUUUCAACUUUUGAUGGAAGUAAAAGCAGGCCGGGGAGGUGAAGAUACUCACAAGUGAUGAUUUAUAGUACCAGGAUAUGGAAUCUUAGCUCUUCAAGGAAUAAACAAUAUAAAGGAGGUGGUGGAUUGUAUGAAAGUGGGGCUGAUCCAUGAACUGAAAUCUUCAGUGAAAUGAAGCUAAAAGUAAGUCUGAAAGAGAAGAGAGGAUGGGAUAUAUGAAAUCAAGAUUUCAGAGGUGAUAGGGUAUUGAUGAGGGAAAGUCAAGAACUUGGAAGUGACUGAGAUAGAAGAGCUCUUUGGAGUCAAAGAUCUGAGACCGUGGUUACUCAUGUGAGUGUUGAAGUAACAACGACAAGAAUAGGGCUGGCAGGGAAGAGAGCCACAGGCUAUGACUCAGGUCGAUGGCAACAAGAAAAUUGUAAAUGGAUAGCAUGAACUUUAAGGACCCAUGCUCAAAAUCAUUGGCUUUGUAUCAAGAGAUCAGUGAAUGUACAUUUAGAUAUUUCAGGAUUUUUUUUUAAGGGUAUAGAUCAUUUCAAUGCCCUCCUCUAACUUUUUUUUUUUAAAUUAUGUGCAUGUUCCAUUAGCACAGAUUAUGAGGGCUUUUAUUGUACUAAGUCCUCUCUGACAGCCUUUCUACCUUCUCUGAGUCUUACUUUCCCCAAUUUGCUCCCACAUCAGGCUAGUUCUUGUAUUCUUUGCCUCUUCUGUAGUGUAAUGUUAAUGGAGUGGAUAAAGUUCUUUUUUUGGAAGACCUGAGCACCACUCUGUUCUGAGGGUCCAUAACGUGCCCAAACUCCUAGUUGUAUGUACAUCUCAUUUCUGAGGGAGAACACCAUGAAUGGUUCCCAAAGUGGCUACAGGGUACUGGAAAAAAGGAAUACCUGGAAGUACUGGAGGUUGUAAAGGGUUUUUCAUUGACUUUUCUAUGGGCAUCUUCUUAUUCUCAGUUUGUUUUGUUCUAGAUUGUGGUUGAGAAUUCUUGGAAUGUUGUCAGCUUUCUUUUCCUACAGUGAGGUGGGUUAGAUGUUAUUUUGAGCCUAAUCUAAAUCUUACCUGAAUCUGUUUCUUUCUUUGGUUUCCUUGUUAACAUGAGGUGGUAUGUGUCUUUUCUUGUUUGGUGGCUGAUGGUUUACUGUUUUUCCUUUUUUCUCACUCCCCUACCAAUUGUUAAGUGUGAUGGAGCUCUGAUCGUACGUCAUUGUCUUCACCCAGAAGUGACCUUACGUAUUCUUGAUGGAGGAAACAAGCCAUGGACUUCUCAAUACUGUAUCUCAAAAACGUGUGCAUAUAAUAAUCUUUCUUUCCUCCUAUUACAGUGAUUUAAAUGUCCUGUCAUCCAUCAAGGACUUGUCUAUUCAUACGUGUUCUUCUACAACCUCCCCCCCACUAUCAUCAGUUUUGCCCUAUUACUGUUUCUUCUCUAGUUUGUGUUUUUAUCCUGUCAUACCCUGUACUUAUCCCUUCCACCCACAUUUAAACUGGGUUGCACCUUUCAUCUUAAACAGGGUUCUAGGGAGGUGGCUUGAAUAUGAGCACCUCACUCUCGAUUCAUGGAAUUAGAGGAAAAGAGUGCAGUCCACAUGUGUGGUACUAGGAAGACUAGCUUCAGAGUACCUGCUGGGCUACUGCAUGGUGGGCUCUCAGUUCCUGUUUGUUUGGGUCCUGGCAGCUUGCUGGUUAACACAUCCUCAGCCCACAGAAGCAGGUAACUGGCUUGUUUGUAUUGCUCGUGGGUUUAUUGCCUCUCAGACUGUCCCACAGUUUGACUUGUGCCAAAGGGUGAAUGAGCUGACAAAGGAAAAUAGUCUAGAGAAGCCUAAAAAACAAACAAAAAAAACCUCAGAAGUGGGUGGUGGUGAAAAAGAAUUGCUGGUAGAGAUGGAUGACAACUUUAAUUUUGAAAAAGCACAUGAGGAAAUUCACAGUGUGAAGUAAACUUUCUGUAAAUUAAAAGCCCAACACAUUAAAAUGUAGUAAAAGUGGGAAAUGGCCAUCUUGAGGACCAAAUUAGUGGCCUGGAAUUUGUGCAGUAGUAGUUCUCUCUAGAAAAGCAAAACCCAAAGACCUGGAGAUUGUAGUAAAAAUGAAAACACCUUAAAGAAAAGUUUAGGAUAUUUAACGUGAAUAAGUGAAGAAAAAAGGAAACAGACUUAAUUCGUAAAUACUAGAGGACAGUUACACGGUUUGAAAGGGUUCUUGCUAUAUAGGUUCCAUGUAACAUCAAGGGCAUGAAAGACACCUAGGUGGACAUUUCAUUCAAAUAUUUAUUGUCUACUUCAUGGCACUGAUAAGAACUGUUUUAGUCGCCAGAAUUCAGGGUGAACAAAGCAUUGCGCCAUGCCUUCAUUGAGUAGGAAGAGGUAGACAAUGAGAAGAUGAAUAAAUCUGUCACACGUGAAUAAGUGAUAAAGUGACAGUGUUGGGAUAAGGUAGAGGCAAGAUUUACUAUUUUAUAUGGGGUGACAUUUGAGCAGCAAUUUGGAGGAAGUAAGGGAACCAACCUCAUAAAUAUCUGGGGAGAAAGUACUCCAGAGAGCGAACAGGAAGUUUAAAAACAAGGUAGUAUCAUAGCUGCGACUCAAAGACUGGCAAAGAGGCGCCUUGGGUAGAGCUGAGGGAGCAAGAACAGUAAGAGUGAGCACGGAGUGGCAGCAGGAGAAAAGAUUAUGUGGGGCUUUGUAGACUGUUGUAAAGCCCUUGGCUUUUAUUCAUUUGUACAUAUGGGAAGCCACUGGAGAGUUUUUGGGCAGAGGAGUGACCUCAUGUGACUUUUAGUUUCAAGAGUCACAAUGCUGUUGGAAAAUAGACUGAGGAGUAAAGGCAGAAGCUGGGAGACCAGCUCAUUAGAUAUUUCAGUAAUUUGGGUAAAUCAUUAGGGCUUGGACCAAUGUGGUAAUUGGUGGAGGCGUGACAAAUAGAUUCUGGAAAUAAUUUAAAAGUAGAUGGAUUGGGUGCGGUGUGUGAUAAUAGAGUCAACAAUCAGGUUUUUUGUUUUGGCUUUUGCCUAAAUAAUCGGAGGGAUGGAGUUCCUGCUUACUAUGCUAGGAAAGAACUGUGUAAGGGUCAGAUUUGGGGAUGAUAGCAGCUGAGGGAAUCAGGAGUUUUGGGGAAUGUUGAGUUUGAGAUGCUUGUUAGACAUGCAGGAGGAGAUACUCGAAUUCUUCAAUUUCAGGGUAAAGAGAGGAAUUUAUAAAGGAAAAAAAUCAAACCUCCAAGCUUUAGAGAAUGGCUACAACUAAAUCUGUUUCCCAGUUGUGACCAUUUAUCUUGAGGCUAUGCAAGGAUCCAAGAGUGUAUCUCCCAAGUAACCUCAGUUGAAGAAAAUGCACAUUAGAACUUUUAAGAACUUCAAACAAAUAAAGACUUGUAUUCUGUGGUAGAGUGGGAAUUUGUAAUGUUAAGUGGUAAGUAUUCUUGAAGCAGGAAAGACAUACUACCUGGAAAAUCUCAUCAUUAGCUUUAACUACUAAGCUAUCUCAGUAAAACCUGGAAGUGAGGCCUGAGCAGGGAGUAAAGAGGGAAAGCAUCCUAAAUUUCUUCUCCCUGGUGAGAAAAAUGAUUUUAUGGAAGAUGAACAACACUUGUUCUUGCAACUAAUCGGAAGUUCUAUAUUUUUGACCAAUAAGUUUUUCAUUUUUUUUAAAGAUUUUAUUUAUUUAUUUGACAGAGCACAAGCAGGGCGAGUGGCAAGCAGAGGGAGAGGGAGAAGCAGUCCUCCCGCUGAGCAAGGAACCUGAUGCUGGGCUUGAUCCCAAGACCCUGGGACCAUGACCCGAGCUGAAGGCAGACGCUCAACGGACUGUGAGCCACCUAGGUGCCCCGACAAAUAACUUUCUAAAACCCACUAACGCACUUUGGAAUAUUUAGAAAAAAACAAAACAUUGUAUUAAGGUUUUGGAGAUUUUUAAAUAGGUCAGGAAAUUAUUUCCAAGUUGUUAAAUUGUGAAGAUACGGACAUUUUGAUAGGUAUUAUGUUUUCAGCUGCAAAAGCACAAAAUAAAUUUUUUUCCAAUAACCAUUUUUAAAAUGUUCUUUCCAUAGCAGUUUUUUCCCAGCAGUAAUUACUUUCUUGUUCAUUCACACUUCUGAUCAUCUGACUUCUGAUCAAUUUCUAACCUUGUUAUUUGGCAAAGAGCUAAUUUAGUUUUAAGAGAAAGGUCAACUCUGUCAUUUUCUUGUUCCCACUUGCUUCCAUUAUUACUGUUAUCUUUAAGGUAUUUUUGUUUGUUCAUUUUGUUUUGUUUUUCUCAGAGAUCUCUCUAUGCCACUUUUCUAUUUUGUAAAGUAUAAAGUGUUGUCUGUCACACCAUGCUGGAUGAGGGAAUGAGAAUUGCACUGUCCGGUCUUUUUCUUCCCUCAAUUCACCUUGUACUGUAUAGAGAUCAAGUGAAGGCAUCUGUGUCAAUUCAUAUAUUAACUAUUAAUAAAGCUUAAUUUAACUGC